AUGGCGCGGACGAAGAAGACGGCUCGAAAGUCCAAGUCGGGGAAUAAAAAGAGGAAAGAGAUGGCCACAAAGUCGGCGCAGAAACCGAAACCCGAAGUUUCGGCCGGCGGGAAGCACAAUCCCGCCGCGGGGUCCACUAGUACUGCUGGUGGUGGAGAACCCACAGUCAACACCGCCAUUGGCGAAGAGACGAGGGACCAGCCUUCUUCCAGCGGAGGUGAGACCGCGGUAAACCCAUCAUCUGGUACUACGGACAAGCCUUCUACCGCCGAGAACGGGCCGGAGGACCGGCCUGGAACGACACCAACAGACACAGAGGAACACGAGGAGAAGACUGCAAAAACAACUGGAACUGCUGAAAUGAUCGAGACUGGACCAACAAAAGAAGAAUGA